AGUGAAGGAGGAGUGGACCAAGGUGUCCUGGAGGGAAAUCAGGAUCAGACGCAUUGGAGCGAAUCCAGUUCCAGAUCGGGACCAGCAGCAAGUGGAGUGGGAGCAGAUCCAGGUAUAACUAAGGAGAAUUUGGAAUGGAAGCAGCAGGAACAGAUCCAAGUCUGGACCACGAGUGGGAGUAGUGGGAGUAGAUCCUGGUCGGGACCUGGUGGAGCAGGUGGAGUGGGAGCAGAUCUUGGUCGGCACCUGGUGGAGCAGGUGCAGUGGGAACAGAUCCUGGUCGCGAUCUGGAGCAGGUGGAGUGGGAGUAGAUCCUAGUCCGGAUCGGGAACGGGUAGAAUCAGGAGCAGAUGGAGUGGGAGCCGACGACGAGCAAGUGGAGCGGGCUAAGACCGGAAGAGAUAACACGGUGUGGAGCUGGAUGAACACAGCAGGCCAAGCAGCAACAGAGGAGCAGGAAGGCUGACGUUUCGGGCCUAGACCUUUCCUCAGAAAUGGCUUUCCUGCUCCUCUGAUGCUGCUUGACCUGCUGUGCUCAUCCACCUCUACACCUUGUUAUCUCGGAUUCUCCAGCAUCUGCAGUUCCUGCUAUGACCGGAAGAGAUCAGGUCCUACAGGGGGCACCAAUUAGCGUGGAUCCGGGACUGCCCCUAAAUCCGAUCUGCUGGAGUCGCACGAGUGAGACAGUCGCUGUAUAUAGUUUGUGAGAGCCUGUUUGAGUGGAUAGCCGCUUUCCGGAGAUACAUUGUAUCCGGGAGAGUGGGACUGGAAACAGUAACCCUGCUUGUGGCCGCUGCCGAGUUUUUUAAUUGAAGGCUGGGAGGAGACUGCUGGCAAUGGAAGCCCUGGGUGAGGAGCUGGUUUGUGCUGUUUGCCAGGAUAUCUUUGUGGAUCCGGUCACCCUGCCGUGCGGCCACAACUUCUGCAGCGACUGCGUGGCGCAACUCAAGCGCUCGGCGUGCGCGUCUGACGGGGGCAAUGCCAGCUCGCCCCGGGGGUUGCCCAGCUACGCGUGCCCCCUGUGCCUGGCGAGCUGCGACAUGAGCCUGGAGCUGAGGCGGAAUGUGGCUCUGCACAACAUCACCGAGCGGCUGUGGCAGCGGGGGGAGGCCUCGGCUGGCACGCCCAGCUGUGAUCUGUGCAAGGGCCUGAAGCGAGCCUCGGCCGCCAAGACCUGUGUCAGCUGUGGGGGGUCUUUCUGUGCCUCGCACCUCCUGCCCCACCGGGAGAACCCGGCUUUCCGCCACCACGUCCUGGUCAGGCCGACCUGCCACAGCAGCCGCCUGUGCAAACAGCAUGGCAAAGAACUGGAGCUGUACUGCCAGACCGACAAAUGCCCCCUGUGUGCCUACUGCAUGUUACCAAGCAAGGCUUCCCACCUGGACCACCAGGUGCUCAAACUGACUGACGCUGCCCCUGUUUUCAAGAAUGACUGCAAAUAUAAACUUUCGAAAGUUGAGCAAAAUCUGGCUGCUGUGGAAAAUGGCCUUCGUCUGUUGGAGGAAGCUGCCUCUGCUGAGAAGGACAAGUUAGAAAAACGGCAGCAGACACAUUUGAAAUUCUUCAGGAAAGUCCAGCUUUUUCUUGACAUUGAGGACCAAGCAUGGAAAAAAAGAUUUUCAGUUGCAACUGCCCAACUGAACCUGAUGGUUGACUGUGAGAAAUCAAAACUGAAGCAAUUACGAGCAAAACUACAGCAAGCUAAAGAUACUUUGCAGAUUGGAAUUUGUGUAAACAACCCUGUGCAAUUGCUGCAGAUUCUGGACAGUGUUAAAAGCACUGAGAUUCAGGAACAGGACCUUGGUUUAAAAGAUCUCCUGGAUGUGACAAACAACUUACAAAAUAUAGAGGCUUGUUUUACAAAGAGCAUAAAUACUCGGAGAAUUUUAACAUCUUUGGGUGAAUUGUUUUCAGGUCAGGCUAUUCAAUUGGAUGCGAAUAGUGCUCAUCUCCAGCUGAAAAUAAGCAGGAACGGCACAGCAGUUGAAUCUGUUGAAGCGAAGCAAAGUAACUGGUGUCAUGUAGAACGCUUCAGCACUUCUCUCAAUGUACUUGCCACCGCAGGAUACAUCACUGGACUCCACUACUGGGAGGUGAACGUGAAAGACAUUCCUUCCUGGGCUGUGGGGAUAGCCUACCAGAGUAUUCCACGCACGCUUCCAGGGAGCAAACUGGGAACUGAGGAAAACUCGUGGGCAUUUUCUUGCUCAGAAAGAGGCCUUUAUUGUGCCCAACACGACACAGAGGUGAUGUAUUUCCACUAUGAAAACAAACUGGAAAACAUUGGAGUCUAUCUGGACUGCGACAGUGGCAUUCUUGCGUUUUGUGAUUCAGAAUCAGUGCGGUGUUUGUACACAUUUUAUUGUACACUAAAGGCACCAGUGUUUCCUGCCUUUUGUCCAAAAUUUGAUGACAGUGAAGAAUUCUCAGCGAUUCCCCUGGUAGUUCACAGUGGUAUUAUUGACUGAAAUAGAUGAUCUUAUGUGGUGUCUUUUAGCGUGAGGGCACUAUGUUAGAGUACAAACAUAGAGACUUGCUGUUUGAUGGUGUCAUCUCCAGCAUCAUGAGAGUUCUUGGACUUACUUCCUGCUUCUGACGCUAUCUCUGUCCCCGUAUUCACUUUGUCGGGCUGAAACCUGCAGUCACUAAUUUCCAGUGUAACACUUUGCAUUUCAUCUACUUUCUUCUUGAUUUUAAAGUAACCUGCAUUUUUUUUUGACGUUACUUCAUCAAAGUUGAACUAUUAUUCCAUGAGUUAAUUAGUAGUGAUUUUAAUAACUACAGACUUGUUUAUCCCUCCAAGGGCUGUUAUGUGGCUGUUGUUUUGUCUGAAAUUGUUUUGUUUUCAGCUCAUCUUGCUAGAUUUCCCAGAGUAAAGCUGUUUUCGAUUUAAUGACCCUGGAAAUACAAGUCAGGGCCAUGAAUGCAUACAGGGUGGUCAACUACAGUGUAGAGCCGGGGAGUGGAGUUUGAUUAACCCAUAGUUUAAUUGAUUAGAGGGUAGGAGAUGUCAUCAAAGGGAUGUGUAAAAAGCCCGAGUUCUGUGGAGUCUGCAAAUGUUGCAGUACCUGCGAGAGGGGUUUGACAGGGGACUCAUGAUUGUCACUCCCUCUUAGCUUUGAGGAAGGUGAACCCUGGGGCCUGAAAUUGGACUUAAAGGGACACUGCAUCCACCAUUCGGUGCAGUAACUGGAGUGGGAUAGUCAGCCACUGAAGACUGUAGAGGAAUGGACAUCAAUGGAGGGAUGAACCAGAGGAUCCACCCUGUGCAUGGAUGUUCACAGAUUUAGUAAUGUGUGUAUCUAGGGCAACAUUAUCUGGGAGCUGUGUUGAACAGAUCAAUUUGGGUUUACCGUUUGUGCUAUCAUUAAGUUGCCUUUCAUCCUUUGUGGGUAUGCUUAUAUGCCUGUAUAUACAAUAUGUACAGAAAAAGUUAUUCUUUAAAAUGAGUAAUCAUUUUAUUGUUAC